AUGGCUACGACAUUUGCAUCACCACUGGCAUCCUGGAUUCCGUUGACAGAGAUCUUCAACUUUGCGACACAGGUGGUGCAGUUGGCACAUGCUUUCUCAAGGAGCCGAGAGGCCGUUAUGUCCUUCGCAAGCAUUGGAGGUCUUGGAGCUAGGCUUUGUGGCCCCACAAUUGCAGAUAGAUAUGGUCGUUCAGCAGCGCUUUUCCUGGCUGACGUGCUGAUCUUGGUUUCCGUCGCAAUGCAGUCCACCACGAGAGCUGUCCCGUCCUUCUUCCUCGCCCGCUUCUUGAUUGGUGCUGGAAUGGGCUUAGCCUUCGUGGUGACUCCAACAUACCUCUGCGAGAUUGCUCCACGAACACAGCGAGGUCUUUUUGUUUGCUUGCAUGAAGUUGCCGUGUGUGUGGGGUGUCUUCUUGGCCUGCAUGUGUCGUCACGAGACACAACGGUGGAGUGGCAAUGGCAUCAUGUCAUUGCUUUCGCAGCGCUUCCUGCUGCCGUUCAGCUUGUUUUCGUUUGUGUCCUCCCAGAGAGCCCAAGGUGGUUCGCACUGCGAGGAGAUGUGCGCGGGUUGGACCGUGCUUCUGCUUUGUUGGGCCUGGAAGCAGAGACGGCAGAACUCCGAAAAUUAGUGCAGACGGGAGGGGUAACAUCAGACCUUUCCGGAACCAGUUGCUGCAGACGCAACUUGUUAAACUGGCAGAAGCAUCGGCGACCUUUGAUGAUAGCACUGGGUCUGACAGGAUGCAACUCGGCGACGGGGACUUUUGCAAUCCAGACCUAUGCAUACGACUUGCUUCGAGUCUGUGGCGUGCAGGAGCCCGGUGAAUUGCUGCCAGUCAUAGGAUGGAUGAAGCUGACCGGAGCUUUACUUGCAAUGUUCACCUCGGACAGUGAAUUGCUGGGGAGGAGACGGCUUGUUAUCGGAGGAAGCUUCUUCUGUACAAUAUGCGAUGUGUUACUGGCAUUGCACCUGGCGCUGCCAACGUUUCUGACACCUGAGCUUGCUGCUUCCUGUGUUUUCUUUCGGAUACUGUCCUGGAACGCGGGUUAUGGUGGCGUGCAGUUCGUGGCAGUAUCCGAAAUCCUACCCAGUGAAGUCCGAUCUUCUUUCAUGGGCCAGAGCCAAGUUGCGGCCAGCGUCAUUGAUAUCCUGAUCUUCCAGCUCUUCGAAACCUUGCUGUUUAUGGACAAGGUCGCGACAUUCGUGAUAUUCGCCGCGAUAAACUUUGGGUCCUGCCUUUUCGCUUUUCGAUGUCUGCCGGACUUGCGUGGGAUGUCGCUCGAGGAGAUCCACGCUGGAUCUUCGAGGUCCUACGGAGUGUUGGAGGAAGAGGAGGCUUCCAAGGAGCCCCAGGCCAGAGUGAUUGGAGCAAUCGAGCCCCGCAUAGAGUAG